CAAAAAAAAUCUCGUUAAAUCAGACUCGAUGAAUUCUCCUUCCUACGGAGCUACCCCCACAAAACUCACUCAAGCUGAACAGGAUCUACUCCAGUCCGAUCGCCCUGGAUAUGGCACACGUAGUAGACUUGAAGUAGCCUUCAAUCUCGUCAAUGCUACAGUUGGUGCAGGAAUCAUAGGCCUACCAUUUGCUAUACAGAACGCAGGUUUCUACAGCGGAAUCGUGUUAUCAAUUAUAGUCGCCUUUCUUUCACAGCUUGGCCUCCACAUGUUAGUCGUAUCUGGCCAACGUACAGGCAUAUACAAAUUCGCUGGUCUUGUAGAGCAUGUGAUGGGUCGGUUCGGAUACAACUUUCUUAAUAUUAUGAUCGUUGUUCAGGCAGGAGGUGCCUGUGUUAGCUAUUAUAUUUUAAUCGGUGACACUAUUCCUGUACUGUUCGGCCUUUAUCUGCCUGACUAUCCCCUGCUGGCCGACCGCAGGUUCGUCAUCUUACUCAUUGGCGUCACUUGUGUUUUUCCUUUGUUACUCUCAAGAUCUAUCGGUGCCUUGGCAAGAUGGUCGAUUGUGUCCGUCCUUUGCUUGCCAUUGAUAAUUUUGACACUGCUAGUGCGUGCACCAGUAUAUGCUCCUCAGCAUCAUGCACCUUUGACCUUGGCCGGCGGAGAUAUUUUUGGAGCGUUGGGUAUUAUGGCCUUUGCAUUUGCAUGCUCUCAAGUUGCAUUCAACAAUUAUCUCAGUCAAGCAGACCAAACGGAGCGUGGUUGGGCUAUUUCUACUACUCUAGCUACAGUCAUGAGCUGGAUCACCUCAAUGGCCUUUGCCAUAGUCGGUUAUCUAUCUUUUGGUACAGCCGUUCAACCAAACCUAUUCUUGAAUUUCCCUGCGGAUGAUAUGGUAGUAAACGUAGGAAGAUUUGCACUUGGAUUCAGUAUGAUUCUCACCAUUCCAAUGGGAUUUUAUCCUACACGAGAGGCUGUACAGAAAAUGCUUGGAUUUGAGACAGAAGAUCGACAGCCAACACAGGUUCAACACUAUCUAGUCACAGGUGUGUUAUUUGGACUGAUCACGACCUUGGGUGUAUUAGUCCAAUCACUUGGCAAAGUUUAUGCAUUGAUUGGUGGGUUUGCCGCCACCACUUUGGCGUACAUUCUGCCUGCGACGGCGUACUUGGUAACCCGACACUAUCCACAGCUGGCGUCACUGGAGGGGACGAUUGCCGCCAAGACCCCGCUCCUGCACGGUCCAUCUCCAUCUCCCUCUUCUUCUACACUUGAGAUACCCAUCAAACUGACGUGGCUUGAUAUUGCAGCUGGUCUGCUGAUUGUGUGGGGAUUUAUGGUUAUGGUGUUUGCUACAGCAGGCGUGUUUACACAUCCUUAGAUAAAUAUCAGUCAACAAUACUGAUCAUAAUAAUUCGAUCUGAUUCAUGUGUAUGUGUAUGUAUUUGGGCUUGGCAUUUGGAUUUUCCAUGCUAUUGAGCUUUUCUUGUGCAGUCUUGGGAAUAGGAGAUUGUUGCUGUUUCUUUGAAGCUUCUUCUUGACGGAUUUUGUCUGUGUACUUUUUAGCAGUUGCGGCAGAAUUGGAAGAGCUAUCUGCUGUUUUUUAUAUAUAAGAUUUUCAGAUACUUUCAUUUGGAUCAAAUUACCUUUGGCUGUAGUGAGUGUUCUGCGCAAUAAGAAACGGUGCAUCUUGUCUUGGGUUUCUUUAUUAAAAAAAAGUGAUAAUAUU